AUGGAAGAAGUUUGCCUUAAUAGUGAACCAGUAUUUGAUGAGAUCGAUGAGUAUGAAGGUGAGGGUGAGGGAGACUGCAGUGCAGUGGAACAUGAUGAUGAUGAUGAAUCUGGUGCGAAACAUUCAGAGAAAGAACCAUCUCAACCUACUGUUGGUUUGGAGUUUGAUUCUUUUGAUGAAGCUUAUGAUUUCGACAACAUCUAUGCUAAGGAACAGGGUUUUGGCAUCAGAGUUAGCAAUUCGUGGUUUAGAUCCAAAAAGAAGAAGCGAUAUAGAGCAAAACUUAGCUGUACUAGUGCAGGCUUUAAGAAAAAGAGCGACGCCAACAAUCCAAGACCAGAAACAAGAACUGGUUGUCCUGCAACGGUUGUCAUUAGGCUUGUCGAUUCUAAAAGGUGGAGAAUAGUUGAAGUUGAGCUUGAACACAAUCACCAGGUAAGUCCACAGAUAAAAAGUUUUUACGAGUCUUAUAAGAAAAUGAUUCUUGCAGCCAGAAUGGCACAACCACCAGCAGAGCCUAUUACUGAAAUACAUACUAUCAAGUUGUAUCGAACAGCUGCCAUGGAUGCUGGGUUUAACGGAUACUCAAAUGUUUCUGAAAGAGAGGGUAUUCAUCUAGCUGCUCACCCUAAACAUUUGGAACUUAAAGAGGGAGAUGCUUAUGCUGUAUAUAAUUGCUUCUGUUGCAUGAAGCUGACUAAACCAAACUUCUUUUACUCGAUGGAUCUUGAUGUAAAUGGUCAUUUGAAGAAUGUCUUUUGGGCGGAUGCUAGGUCCAGGGCUGCUUAUAGAGUUCCAGAGAAGUUGGGGGGAUUGAAAGGAUUUGAAGAAACUAAAAGACAGUUGAAUAAAGCUGUGUAUAACUCCCUGAAGAUAGUUAAGUUUGAAACUUCUUGGGCUGAAAUAAUUAAGCAGCAUGGACUUGGGGAUAACAAAUGGCUCCAAACAUUGUAUGAAGCUAGGAAACUGUGGGUUCCAGAAUUUGUUGAUAAGUAUGAUUUAGCUCUUCAUAGGAAUCACCUGAAAGAAGCCACAGCUAAUAUGCAGUCAAGAAACUCAUGCUUUGAAUUGAAAACAAGAUGUGAUUUUGAGGUGCAGCUCUCUAAAGUGUAUACAAAAGAAAUCUUUAAUAAAUUUCAAUCUGAAGUUAAGGGCAUGUACUCUUGCUUCAACACAAGGCAAGUGAGUGUGAAUGGGCCGAUAAUAACGUACAUUGUUAAGGAAACAGUCGAAAUUGAAGGAAAUGAGAACGACGUUAGGGGUUAUGAGGUUUUGUUCGAGACCAGUCAGAUGGAUAUCCGAUGCAUAUGCAAUUUCAAGUGCAGGCAUGCUGAUCAAGGCUCCAAUGACACUGAUGUGUAUAGCCCAGUUCAUUGGCCAAAUCACUUGCAUGAGUGUGCAGUUCCAGUUGUAGAAGGAGCACAAUCUCAGGAACACUAUAAGAUUGCACUGCAUGAAUUGCAGGAAUUAUUGAACAGAUUUAAUCUUUUAGAGGACAGCUUUCUAUAA